AUGAAGGGAAUAUCUUUGCUUUCCUUAUUCGGUGUUGCACUAGCUCACCCAACCGGGCUGUGGUGGGGCACCGACGUCUGCUACACCAGCCCAGAGAAGGCUGAUAACCAGUGCACCCCUGCCCAACAGGUUGGGUUCGACUGGUCCCAGCUUGGAAAUGGCGACAACUGGAGUUACGAUGGCUUCAACUUCGUUGGCUUCACUGCCAAAGAUGGCUGCCGUGAUUCCGAAGAUGGAACAUGCAUCGGGGGUACUCUGAGCCGUGACGAUGGCUAUAGUCUCGAGGUCAAUACUGCCGACACUCCAUUCUCUAUUCGGACUUUCCAUCUGUCCACUUCUCGGGAGACCAACGUUCUCAUCACGUAUGAGAUGCCCGAGGGCCGCCCUUGUCACCAAGUGGCUUUCAGUACUCGUCAAGGAAUCGAUGUGCACAAUGAUCAGUGUGGUGGUGCAACUGCUGUCAAGUUCCAGCUUCCAGAGGAAAAUAAGUUUGGUGAUUGUACAUUGAACAUCCAUGCUAUCAACUUCGAUUGCUCGUCCGGCGAGAAGCACACAGGCCACCCUUCCAGCAGUCUGCCUCCAUCUGAUCCGGAGCCUACCUUGAGUCUGCCUACUCAGAUUCUGUCAACACACAGCGAGCCUACUCACAGCGAGCCCACCCACAGUAUGCCUACUCACAGUAUGCCUACUCAUAGUCAGGCUACGCACAGUGAGCCUACGCACAGUGAGCCUACUCAGAGCGUGCCUACACUUCCCGUUUCCGUGCCGGAGCACCAUCAUACAUCAGUGUGGGAAGUGCCUACGCCCUCUACUUUGGUGCCUGAACACCAUCUCACAACUGCUGUGGUACCACACUCAUCGGUUCCCAGCCUCACCAAGCCGAUGACUACAGUGUGGGAAACUGCCGAAGUUACUAUCACCAAAUGUGGACACACAGUCACUGACUGUCCAGCCCACUCCACUGUGGUUAUUACAUCCACUUACUCGUCGUCAACCACUGUCUGUCCUUCUUCAUCGACGGAGCCCGUUUCUGAUAUCUCCCUGCCUACAAUCCUUCCUCCAAGUUCUAUUCCAACCAUCACCAGCACCGUCAUCGGUGAAAUCAGUGUCCCUCACACCCCUGCGCCAGUUCCAUGCCCUGAACUAGUGCCCAAGUGCAUGAACACCUGGCUUUCAAUCCCCAAGUGCGAAUCCAACAGUGACGCAGCCUGCUUCUGUCCUUCCUCCGAGUUCACCAGCAAGGUCCAGUCCUGCAUUCACGCCUGGGGAACCUCAAAGCACGAAGUCGACUCUGCCCUAUCCUACUUCGCCGGCAUUUGCGCACCCUACGUUCCCCAGAACCCUACUAUCAUUGACAUGGUGCCUCCCCCCAGCCCCCCUCAACAUCACACCACAGUCUCAGCGCCCCAGGCCGAGGAAACCCCCUGUACAACCAUCACAUGGUCGUCGCAAACUGUCACCGUCCCGCAGGUGGGCUUCAACACGGUUACGGGUAGCUCCACAACCUCCGUGGGUCUGGUCGUCGGCACUCCCGCAAGUGCCAUCGUUACCGCUCCCUCGGGUACCGGUCACCAUCACCACUCUGGAGCUUCGGCGACCACUACUCCCUGCUCUACUCGGACUUCCACUCUCCUGACUAUCGUCACGGGUGGUCCCACUGUGUCAAAGCCUGUCCCUGCCCCCUCUGAAAGCGUUGUUCACGCUAACUCUGGUGUGAAGUCAUACGUUGGCUAUCUCCACGUCUUUGGCCUUGCUGCUUUGACUUUGGCUUUGAUUUAA